AUGGCGGCCGCGCCCGAGGCCGCGGCCGCGCCGAGCCCCGGGCCGAGGACCGACAGGACCGACCUGGAGGCGCCCGCCGGCGACUACGGCAAGCACAAGCGGCAGAUCUUCCGCGAGCAGGUGAACCCGCACACGGGCGGCAAGAUCCCCGAGGACGCGUUCCGCGCCGACCGCCUGGCCCUCAACAAGCUGCAGCAGGCGGGCUUCUCGGUGCCCGACGGCGUGGGGCUGCAGUGGCGCGGACACGGCCACAACUCGGCGGCGCAGCACCACGGGCACGGGCCGCACGGCCACCCCGACGGCCACAGCUACGCGCAGGACCCGCACGCCACCGUCAUCAAGGUGCUGCAGACGGACGACGGCCGCUACGUGCCGCCCGAGGGGCAGGUCUCGGGCCAGAACACGGUGGACUCGACGUACCUGCUGCGCACGCCGGCGGGCUGGAACCAGCACGCGUCGCACCUGGUGGGGCUGCAGCGGCCGCUGGGUCCGCCACUGCAGUUGCCCGGGGCGGGGGGCGCGUCCGGGCCUCCGCGACGGCCCUUCAACCCCCAGCCCAGCCUCCACGCCCACCAGGCCGAGCCGUCGCCGUCACCGCCACCCCCGCCGCCGCCGCCACCGCCGCCCCCGCAGGUGCACGCCCGCCCCCAGCAGGACGACGUGAACCUCUCGCCGUUCCCGUCGGCCGCCCUGCAGCCGCCGCCCAACGUGCCGCCGCCAUCGCUGUACCACCACAAGCUGCACCCCCUGGAGGUGCCGCACCCCCCGCAGCGGCUGCCGCUGCCGUCGCUACCGCCGCUGCCGCGCAAGUUCCACCACCUGGGAGCGCCGCACCACCACCUCGGCCACUCCCUGGCCUCCCUCAUCGACAUCGAGGCCCAGCACCCCCCGAGCCGCGACCUGUUCGGCCCCAGCCUCAGCUUCCACAGCUUGUCAGAGUCGUCUCACAACGACGCCGCACUCCUGGGCGACUCUCCGUCGUUCUUGCUGGACGAUGACUGGGCGUCCGAGCUGCCAGGCGGACUGCUGAGCCCGGAGCAACUGGCCGCUCUGUACAACAGCGACCACGAGGAGCGGCUGCAGCACCUCCACGCGCUGGCCUCCUUCUAGCGGGGCCGGCUGGACGGGACGCCCCGCCGCAGCAUGGCCGCAGGGCGGCAGAGCCACCUUGGUUGCCUUGGCGACGUGCCCGGUGUGAUACGGUUGCCAUCCUCCGCGAAACGGCGGCUCGGUAUGCUACGGUUGCCAUCUUCCAACGGCGAGAGUCAAAUGGGGCGCGCGUGGAGAACUGAGUUUACGCGCAUUCGAAAACUCGGCACUGCAAAAACUGAAAACUAAUCGGGCAAGUCGUUGUCCCUGGAAGGCCGACGCCUCCCUGACGACACCGGGAGGCGGUCUUAAGCCACCGCCACCAGAAGAAGCGACUCGGUGACCUCCUUAUCCAGAGCCGGGGACGACGGGGGCGACCUCCACCAAGGCCACGCCGCCGGACAGCGGGGAGGCUGUGUCCAGCCACGAGACAACAACGGCGUCCGUUAGUUUUGUUUCUUUGAUGCAGAUUGUUAAAAAGCAACAAAAAGCCGACUGUGCUCGAGGAGCCUGGUGCGCACCGGUCCCGCCCGGAGGCAGGCAACCCAACGUGCAGCCCCGCAGCGCUGCGCCGGCCGCGUAGGCAGCCCAACCUACUCGCCCGCUUCACGACUAGCUCCGAGUCUAGGCGGUCUAGGCCUCGUGUAGCUUCUAGGGCCCAUUAGGCUGACACGCGCGUUUAGAUAUUGAUUCCAAACUAGAAAAAAAUCGUCAUUUUAUCGAGAAGAGUUAAAUUGAAAGUUUGUGCUUGUUUGUUUGUUGUGUUUUACGUGUCUGAUUAAAAUUAUUGUUCAAUUUGCUUUCGGCCUAUCCGCCGGAAAGUUUACUGAGGAAUGUUAAUGUCAAGAUGUGACAUACUAUGUUGACAGUGUCAUUUGUUUUGUUGUUAUGUAUCAUAAAGCCAUAGUGUGAAUCUGUUGUGUGAACUUGGAACGCCGUAGGUACGGGUCAGUUGAGUGAAUGAGAGAGUCAUUCUUACUUCAUCAUGUUGGACUUGCCACAUUCGUACACGAAUCGCCGGCAUAUUCUUGCUUCUUGUUCCUUCCUUCGUAGUUGUUGAUCAUCUUUCAUGUGAAUCUCGAGUAGGAAUAUCUGAAAAAGCGAUAUGUGAAAAUACUUGUUUUGUAUUUUAUUUAAAUCAUGUCCAAGUCGCAUA